AGCGACUUCCGGCGUGGAGGGGCGGGGCGGGGCGCGCGGCCCAGCCAGCUGCCGAAGCAGCAAGGGGAGCGGCCCGGCGGCCGGGGGGCAGUGCAUCAGCGGCCAUGGAGGCCGUUCCCCGCAUGCCCAUGAUCUGGCUGGACCUGAAGGAAGCCGGUGACUUCCACUUCCAGCCCGCUGUGAAGAAGUUUGUGCUGAAGAAUUAUGGAGAGAAUCCAGAAACCUACAAUGAGGAGCUGAAGAAGCUGGAGUUACUCAGACAGAAUGCAGUCCGUGUGGCACGGGACUUUGAGGGUUGCAGUGUCCUCCGCAAGUACCUGGGCCAGCUCCACUAUCUGCAGAGUCGUGUCCCCAUGGGCUCGAGCCAGGAGGCUGCUGUGCCUGUCACCUGGACAGAGAUCUUCUCAGGCAAGUCUGUGUCUCAUGAGGACAUCAAGUAUGAGCAAGCCUGCAUCCUCUACAACCUUGGGGCUCUGCACUCCAUGUUGGGGGCCAUGGACAAGCGGGUGUCUGAGGAGGGCAUGAAGGUCUCCUGCACUCACUUCCAGUGUGCGGCCGGCGCCUUUGCUUACCUGCGCGAGCACUUCCCCCAGGCCUACAGUGUGGACAUGAGCCGCCAGAUCCUCACUCUGAAUGUCAACCUCAUGCUGGGCCAGGCUCAGGAAUGCCUCCUGGAGAAGUCGAUGCUGGACAACAGGAAGAGCUUCUUGGUGGCCCGCAUCAGUGCCCAGGUCGUUGAUUACUACAAGGAGGCCUGCCGGGCGCUGGAGAACCCGGACACCGCCUCGCUGCUGGGCCGCAUCCAGAAGGACUGGAAGAAGCUCGUGCAGAUGAAGAUCUACUACUUUGCAGCCGUAGCUCAUCUGCACAUGGGGAAGCAGGCAGAGGAGCAGCAGAAGUUCGGGGAGCGGGUUGCAUAUUUCCAGAGUGCCCUGGACAAACUCAAUGAAGCUAUCAAGUUGGCCAAGGGCCAGCCGGACACUGUGCAGGACGCGCUUCGCUUCGCUAUGGAUGUCAUUGGGGGAAAGUACAAUUCUGCUAAGAAGGACAAUGACUUCAUCUACCAUGAGGCAGUCCCACCACUGGACACCCUUCAGCCUGUAAAAGGAGCCCCCCUGGUGAAGCCCUUGCCAGUGAACCCCACAGACCCUGCAGUCACAGGCCCUGACAUUUUCGCCAAAUUGGUGCCCAUGGCUGCCCAUGAGGCCUCGUCACUGUACAGCGAGGAGAAGGCCAAGCUACUUCGGGAAAUGAUGGCCAAGAUUGAAGACAAGAACGAGGUCUUGGACCAGUUCAUGGACUCCAUGCAGCUGGAUCCUGAGACGGUGGAUAACCUUGACAUGUACAGCCACAUCCCGCCUCAGCUCAUGGAGAAGUGUGCCGCCCUCAGUGUACGGCCUGACACAGUCAGGAACCUUGUUCAGUCCAUGCAGGUGCUGUCAGGCGUAUUCACGGAUGUGGAGGCCUCCCUGAAGGACAUCAGGGAGCUGCUGGAAGAGGAGGAGCUGCUAGAGCAGAAGUUCCAGGAGGCAAUGGGUCAGGCGGGGACCAGCCCAGCAGCCCCCAAAGCCGAGCUGGCAGAGGUGAGGCGAGAAUGGGCCAAGUACAUGGAGGUCCACGAGAAGGCCUCCUUCACCAACAGUGAGCUGCAUCGCGCCAUGAACCUGCACGUGGGCAACCUGCGCUUGCUCAGUGGGCCUCUGGACCAGGUCCGGGCUGCCCUCCCCACCCCCGCGCUCUUUCCAGAGGACAAGGCCGUGCUGCAGAACCUAAAGCGCAUCCUGGCUAAAGUGCAGGAGAUGCGAGAUCAGCGCGUGUCCCUGGAGCAGCAGCUGCGGGAGCUUAUCCAGAAAGAUGACAUCACUGCCUCGCUGGUGACCACAGACCACUCGGAAAUGAAGAAGCUGUUUGAAGAGCAGCUAAAGAAGUACGACCAGCUGAGGGUGUACCUGGAACAGAACCUGGCCGCGCAGGACAACGUCCUCCGAGCACUGACGGAGGCCAACGUGCAGUAUGCAGCCGUGCGGCGAGUCCUCAGCGAGCUGGACCAGAAGUGGAACUCCACGCUGCAGACACUGGUGGCCUCCUACGAAGCCUAUGAGGACCUGAUGAAGAAGUCUCAGGAAGGCAAAGACUUCUACGCAGACCUGGAGAGCAAGGUGGCUGCGCUUCUGGAACGGGCCCAGUCUACCUGCCAGGCCCGGGAGGCCGCCCGCCAGCAGCUCCUCGACAGGGAGUUGAAAAAAAAGCCGCCACCACGACCCACAGCUCCAAAGCCACUGCUGCCACGCAGGGAGGAGGGGGAGGUGGAGCCGGGAGACCUGCCUGAGGAACUGCGCAGUCUUCCCCAUGAUAUGGGGGCUGGGCCACGACCCCCCGACACCUUCCUGGCAGCAGCUACCCCCCUCCACUUUACUCCCACCCCCUUCCCUAGCUCCACAGGCCCAGGCCCUCACUAUCUCCCAGGCCCUUUGCCCCCUGGUACCUACUCGGGUCCUACCCCACUUCUCCAGCCCAGGGCCCCUCAAGUCCCAGGGCCCCCCGCAAUGGCUGUGGCUCCUGGGCCUGCCCUCUUUGCUACCCCUGCCUACACUCCAGAGCUGGGCCUUGUGCCGAGGUCCUCCCCCCAGCAUGCUGUGGUGACUGGUCCCUAUGGAGGGGUAGGGCCACUGCCACCAGUUGCAGGUUUGCCCUCAGCCCCACCUCCCCACUUCUCAGGCCCUGAGUUGACCAUGGGGGUCAGACCAGCCACCACCACAGUAGACAGUGUCCAGGCCCCCAUCCCAAGCCAUCCAGCUCCAAGGCCCAACCCUACCCCCGUUCCUGCCCAGCCUUGCUUCCCUGUGCCCCCACCACAGCCACUGGGCACACCCUAUGCCUACCCAGUGGGGACCAAGCAGCCCCUCCCUGUCCCCCCAGCCCAGCACCACUUCCCCCCCAGGAUCCACACAGGUUUUCCAGGCCCCAGGGUUGCGCCUCAGCCCCAGCCCCAGCCCCAUCCUACACGAGCAACGUUUGGGCCUCAGCCUCCACCACAGCCUCUUCCACUCCAGCACCCACACCUCUUCCCUCCCCAGGCCCCAGGCCCCCUUCCCCCUCAGCCACCCUUCCCUUUUACCCCUCAGCCUGGUGUCCUAGGGCAGGUGCCACCCCCCAUGCACACUCAGCUCUAUCCAGGCCCUGCACAAGACCCUCUGCCCCCUCGCUCAGGGGCUCUGCCUUUCCGAAGUCCUGGGCCCCCUCAGCCUCCCCAUCCCACCUUGGCAUAUGGCCCUGCCCCAUCCCCCAGGCCCCUGGGUCCCCAGGUUGCCCCUCUUGCCAUCCGAGGCCCCCCACCUGCCAGCCAGCCCACCCCCAGUCCCCACCUGGUGCCUUCACCUGCCCCAUCCCCAGCACCUGGCCCGGUUUCCCCUCGGCCGCCUGCAGCAGAGCCACCCCCGUGCCCACGCCGAGGCUCUGCAGCUGCAGACCUGCUCUCCUCCAGCCCCGAGAGCCAGCACGGUGGCUCCCAGCCUCCAGGAGGUGGCCAGCCCCUGCUGCAGCCCACCAAGGUAGACGCAGCAGAGGGCCGUAGGCCUCAGGCGCUGCGACUGAUUGAACGGGACCCUUAUGAGCACCCCGAGAGGCUCCAGCAGCUGCAGCAGGAACUAGAGGCCUUUAGGGGCCAGUUAGGGGAUGCAGGGGCUCUGGACACUGUGUGGCGGGAGCUGCAGGAUGCACAGGAGCACGAUGCUCGGGGCCGGUCUAUUGCCAUCGCCCGCUGCUACUCCCUCAAGAACCGGCACCAGGACGUCAUGCCCUACGACAGUAACCGCGUGGUCCUGCGCUCCGGCAAGGACGACUACAUCAACGCCAGCCGCUUGGAGGGGCUCUCGCCAUAUUGCCCGCCCUUGGUGGCCACACAGGCCCCACUGCCCGGCACAGCGGCUGAUUUCUGGCUCAUGGUGCAUGAGCAGAAGGUGUCAGUUAUUGUCAUGCUGGUUUCCGAGGCGGAGAUGGAGAAGCAAAAGGUGACCCGCUACUUCCCCACGGAGAGGGGCCAGUCCAUGGUGCACGGGGCCCUCAGCUUGGCCCUGAGCAGCGUGCGGACCACUGAAACCCAUGUGGAGCGUGUGCUGAGCCUGCAGUUCCGGGACCAGAGCCUCAAGCGCUCCCUCGUGCACCUGCAUUUCCCCACCUGGCCUGAGCUAGGCCUCCCAGACAACCCCAGCAACCUGCUGCGAUUCAUCCAGGAGGUGCACGCACACUACCUGCACCAGAGGCCCCUGCAUACCCCUAUCGUCGUGCACUGCAGCUCUGGUGUGGGCCGCACGGGGGCCUUCGCCCUGCUCUAUGCGGCUGUGCAGGAGGUGGAGGCCGGGAACGGGAUCCCAGAGCUGCCUCAGCUGGUGCGGCGCAUGCGGCAGCAGAGGAAACACAUGCUGCAGGAGAAGCUGCACCUGAGGUUCUGUCACGAAGCGGUAGUGAGACACGUGGAGCAGGUCCUCCAGCGCCAUGGCCUGCCCCCUCCCUGCAAGCCCUCGGCCAACACUGGGGUCACUCAGAAGAACCACCUGCCUCAGGAUUCCCAGGACCUGGUCCUUGGAGGUGAUGUGCCCAUCAGCUCUAUCCAGGCCACUAUCGCCAAGCUGAGCAUCCGGCCAGCUGGAGGCGUGGAGGCCCUGGCUGCCAGUCUGCCAGGCCCCACAGAGCCCCCAGGCCCGCCUCCAGCCAGCCUCACAGAGCCCCCCCAGAUCCCCACCUCCUCCUCGCCGCCUCCGGCCUCCCCACUGCCAGAGGCACCCCAGCCUGAGGAGGUGGUGCCGGUGCCCGAGGCUCCCAGCCCAGCACCCCCUUCUUCUUCUUCUCUGGAGCUUCUGGCCUCCUUGACCCCUGAGGCUUUCUCCCUGGACAGCUCUUUGCGAGGAAAACAGCGGAUGAGCAAGCAGAACUUUCUACAAGCCCAUAACGGGCAGGGGCUUCGUGCUGCCCGGCCUGCCGAUGACCCUCUCAGCCUUCUAGACCCACUGUGGACACUCAACAAAACCUGA